GAAAAACGUCGUUCGCGUGUACCUUCGUGUUACUCGAUGACAGAGUGAAUCGAGGGAAUUCGUGCGACGUUCGACUGUUCGCGAAGUGUUUACCACGCAUUCACGCGAGCGUACGAUUUCACUCUCCUCGCAAGUAAAGAUCUGCAGCGACCAGCGAAAAAAAAGGAAGAGGUCGCCGAUACACUAAACGCGUGCAAAAUGUCAACCGGUCCAUACAAUUAUUCCUACAUCUUCAAAUACAUUAUUAUAGGGGAUAUGGGAGUAGGCAAAUCAUGCCUACUUCAUCAGUUUACAGAAAAAUUUAUGGCGGAUUGUCCACAUACUAUUGGUGUUGAAUUUGGGACUAGGAUUAUCGAAGUAGCAGGACAGAAGAUAAAAUUGCAAAUAUGGGACACUGCUGGACAAGAACGAUUUAGAGCAGUUACUAGAUCGUAUUAUCGAGGUGCAGCUGGAGCUUUAAUGGUAUACGAUAUUACACGUCGUUCAACUUACAAUCAUCUCAGUAGCUGGCUGACAGACACAAGAAAUUUGACAAAUCCAAGCACUGUCAUAUUCUUAAUUGGUAACAAGAGUGACCUCGAAGGACAACGUGAUGUUACCUAUGAAGAAGCGAAACAGUUUGCUGACGAACAUGGCUUAAUGUUUGUCGAGGCUAGCGCAAAAACAGGGCAUAAUGUAGAGGAAGCUUUCUUGGAAACUGCAAAGAAAAUAUUCCAAAGUAUACAAGACGGACGAUUGGACCUAAACGCAGCAGAGUCUGGUGUGCAACAUAAUCCCAGUCAACCAGGUCGUACCAGUCUCCAAGGAGUAUCUAAUGAACAGCAAGGUGGAAAGGACUCCUGCUCCUGUUAGGUCUUAUUAUUUGUUUGUAUAUAGAUAUAUUAAUUGAUCGGUACUAUUAAUGCAUAUAUGAUUUGUACUAAGUGUAGCUGGCAGAUUAUCUCUUAGCCUGUAUCCUCCCUUUGAUAAGCAAAGUCUACUUAAAAAGAAAAAUCCAGAAAAAGGAACAUAUUCAAAAUCUUUUUUUUUUUUUGCGUCGAUACAGUAAUAAAUACCGACACACAAUAUAGAGACGUAAGUUAGGUAAAAAUGAUUCCAAUAAUGCUAUUAGUUCUUGACGCAGCAAGAGUCAGCGAUCUACCCAUGAAAUGGCUUUUGUAUGAUUAUUGCAACUUCUAUACUAUUUCUAUGUAGAUUUUUUAUAUAUAUUCGUGCAUUUUGUUGUGAAAUAAUUAAGAUUGAGAAAAAUAAUUCAUUUCUCCAGUAUGUACGCGUAGUAAAAGCAACCGAUCAAUAUAUUUUCCGUACGUUUGACUGAAAAUUUCUGCUGAACGACGUAAUGGCGAACACACGAGUGAUGAAAUUUACAUUAACUAAUUUAUAUUAUGUAUGGGAGGAUUACAUAUUUGUUGUAACAUGCAAGUUCUUGCUUUAAGAAAUUUAAUCAAUGAAAAUUAACUGAAAUUAUAAACAGUCAUAUAUUUUAAUCACUUUUUAAACCUUCUUUACUUGCUAAGGUUUGCACAUUUAUGUAUAUGGGCUUUUUGUGAAUUCGGCCAUCUUCAAAACUAAUUAUAGAUAAAGAGAAAAACUAGAGGGAUCAAAAAACGUUUUGUUAACAUUCGAAAGAUAUCUAUUCUUUAGGCUUCUGGCUUAAAAAUUAUGUCUGAGAAUUUUCAGCGUGUGCUUUCUCACAAUUUAACAUAGUCGUGGUGAGGAUCCAGGAGCCUUAUAUAUAUAUAAAAAUUGAACAUUGAUUUAGUGACAAAUCAAAGAUGGAAUAUUAUAUACAUUUUUUAUAUCAAUUAUAAGUUUAAAAGUCAUUUUUGGUUUAUGCAAGUCUGAAUUAUGGUCAGCACAGUUAAAGGCACAUUACAUAAAACAAUAUUUGAAUAUAUAUGUUACAUGCGCGUUUUAGCUUUUUUUUUCUUUACCUAUUUUCUUUAUUUGUUAGCGGAUCUACAACUCAACAUAUAAGUUUCUUCUAUACCUUUGAAUCAGAGAGCAAAAUCUUUCUCAAGUGCUGUCUCUUGUCUAUCUGUUCUCCACAGACAUUUUAAACCAAAAUUGAUGCACUCUUCCUCACAUAAAGUUAUAUAAACUCUAUCUUGUUAUGAUUCGAUGAUACAAAGAUAAUAUUAUUGAUAUAGAGGCGAAUAAGAAAUAAAAAAAGAGAAUGGUAGAGAAAAUUCGCAACGAACAAAUUUAUUAUUUUCAGUGUUGUGUGACUUGUAAACUAUUUGUAUUGAUAGUGCAAGAAAAUGCGAAAUGUGAAGAAUCGCCUCAAAUAAAUUUGAUCAAAGUUUUAUCGAUCUAUUCAAAUAAUA